AUGCCGGCAAAACGUCUGGAAAUGUACCAGGUCCACGGUUCGACUUUGGAUUUGAUCAUGCAUACAAUUGAUUUCGGACUAGAACUUGAUUACAUUAGCCUUUAUUUUCUUCCAGAGGUGAAUGCUGAAAAUAGUCAUGGGCUUUUUUGCGCCUCCACAUGCGAUGAAAGAGAUGGAAAUAGCGAUGAAGUUGUUGAUGACUCCGGCUGCGGUGUAAGCGAUCUUGCUGCUUCAGACGAUGAGGAUAUAGAAACUUUUGCCAGAUUGAAACAGAGAGCUGGCCGAUCGCUUCUUCCUAGUUCUUCACCAGAUCACUCAUUAUUACCUACUUUUCAAAAUGGUUACUCUUCGACAUCCCUUCCUUCUUCACAUACUACUGCUUUCCGUUCCCAUGGUCGACCAUCGCCUAGAAAUAUUCAGUCCUCACGCACACGAACUCGAUUGCGCACCAAGUUCACUCAAGCAGAUUUCGAUCGCAUUGGAAGAAAAGCCUGUCUUGAAUUGGGAUCAGUCACUGAGCAAGACGAGAUUAGUAAUGGCACGGGUGUUAAACUUGAUGAAGAGGGAGAGGAAGGAAACUAUGACGAUCAGGAAAUUGAUGAUGCCUAUUCCACUGUUUUGAGACUAAACGACUCGAAUCUCAAAAGGCUUCGAUCUGAGGAAAUUGAUGACGAGGAUGAUGAAGACUUCUCGCUUUCCGGUUUUGGUGAACAUGCCCUGGCCAUCUUAAAUUCAAGUAUUCCUUCAGGGGAAGCUAACCUUGAUGUGAGAACAUCCUCUACUCCAGGAUCAGCAGUAAUGGCUUCUGAGUUAUAUAUGUCU